AACUCGAAAAAACAAUAGGAGAAAUCAAAUGAUGACUAUGAAUAAUAGUAGUAACAUUUGGAGCAUUUACAAACCACAUAUGUUCAUGAUCCUAUCACAAAUAGGCUGGACUUUACUGUAUUUUAUCACUGAAGCAUCCUUCAAUCAUGGGAUGAAUCCUUAUGUUUACAUAACUUACCGCCAUGUUGUUGCUGGGGUUGUGAUGUUUCCUUUUGCUUAUUUUCUAGAAAGAAAUUCAAGGCCAAAGUUGACAGUUGCUCUUAUGGCAGAAAUAUUUGUGCUCUCCCUCUUAGGGGUAGGAUUGACGCUAAACAUGUAUUUUGCUAGCUUGAAGUAUACUUCACCCACCUUUGUUGCCUCAAUGAUCAAUACAAUUGCAUCCUUAACCUUUGUGAUUGCAGUUGCACUUAAGAUGGAAGUUCUUGACGUUUGGAACCCUCGAGGGGCAGCAAAACUUCUUGGAACCCUAAUUUCCUUGGGAGGUGUUAUGGCCAUGACAUUGUACAAGGGAUCUGUCAUAACAAACAUUUGGAAUCCUCUGUUACAUAUUCAAGGAAGUGCAACUAAAAAUGAGAAAUGGUUGAUAGGUUCAAUUCUAACUGCAGCUAGCUGCAUUUCGUGGUCCAUAUGGUAUAUCAUGCAGGCCUUCACUCUAAAACGAUAUCCUGCAUAUCUGUCACUGACAACAUGGAUGAGUUUCCUUGGUGCUGCACAGUCGGCCAUUUUCACUGCAUUUGUGCAGCGCAAGCCAGCAGCUUGGGCAAUUGGUUUCAACAUCGACCUCUUGUCUACCGUUUAUGCUGGAGUGGUUUGUUCAGGUUUGAUAGUCUCCCUUCAGUUGUGGUGCACAGAAGAAAAAGGACCUGUUUUUGUGACCAUGUUCAAUCCUCUUUCAACAAUCCUUGUUGCCUUACUAGCAUAUUUUGUCCUUGGUGAAAAGCUUUACGUUGGAAGCAUAAUGGGGGGAGGUAUUGUGAUCAUUGGUAUGUACCUCUUAAUUUGGGGCAAAGAAGAAGCACGAACGAACUUAGCAGGGCUCUAUCUAAACUAUGGAAACUCGAAAGAUCGUAAAUCAGAGGCGACAUUUACUACAGCAGACGGAGCAGAGGUGACAACAGAGCCUUAGGUACGUCUGUACGAGCUGACAGAAGAGGCUGUAAAUAAUGCAGGAGGUAGAACCAAUGCUCCUGCUCACAUAUUUAAGCUGUUUUAUCUAGUAAUCUGGUUCUGUAAUCAAAGGUUCAUUGGCAUUAGCCCUUGUCUUGGACUUAAUCUUAAGCAAUUAUUCCUAGUAAUAUUCUGUAAAAAUUAUUACUGCUUUGGUUAGCAGUUCAUGUAGAAAGAUCAUGACGUUAAAAGAAUGUGAUCUAAA